GCCAUCUGGACAUCGUGCCUCCAGUCCGUUACGAGUUGGAGAGAUGCGGAUGAGCUUCGAGUGCGUAUUCAUGAGCAAUGGGCGAACAUCUACAAAAAUUGGUGUUCGGUAUUGACACUGUCUCUGGAAGGCUACGGAAUCUUGUUCGCCAUCCUCGCAAUUGCAGCACCGGGCGCCAAGCCCGCGUAUAAAGAUCUGCAUAUCUGGAGCAUUGUUGCCGGCCUCUUCAUCUUGGUGUUGCCAUCGCACUUGAGCGGUCCAUGGGGGCCCCGCGUUGUAACUCUCCUGGCGAAUUUUUGCGGUGUAAUCGCGCGCAUGGACCUGCCCAAGACGCUGACUCCAAUGGUGGUGCUUGGCAAUGUCAUGAUGUGCUUCCUUUCCGCAGAUCCGAUUUUCGCGAUUUGGACGCGGGCCCUUUGCAUGCCGCUCUACGUGUUGGUCGACUGGUCCCGGGAACCCGCUGAAGCUGAUGCCCAGCAACUGCUUUUGAUCGUGACCAACGAAGUUUUCACAU